AUGCAGGCAGCGAUUGAGAUUUCCGACGACGACGACGACGCAUCUUCCUCUGCAAGCUCGGAGAAUGCAACGCAGCAGACGACACAGCAGACGACGCAGCCUUCAUCGCAAUCCCAGGCACGGUCACAGCCUUCAUCGCAGCAGUCCCAGUUUGGCUCUGUCAUGCUCGACCGCAGAGCCAUGGAACAGGAGCGAUUGAACCGAUUAGCAAAGCGCCAACGACCUGCUACCGACGACGACGACGACGUGGUGGAGGUGCCUCCCCCGAAGAAACAAGCUACUAGAGCUCCCGCCGGCAGUACCAAAACAGCUGGAGCAUCAGCAUCAGCAUCAUCAUCUACAGCCUCAACAAGCAGACCUGGACAAAGCAGCAGCAACGUACCAUACCCAAAUCCCACCGUCAAGCGAACCUGGGUCCGCGGCACUGCGCGACGGGGCGACGAAAUCACCAUCGAAGAGGUAUUCCAAAAGGACAAGCUCGAGCUCGCCGUGCUUUCAUCUUUCCAAUGGGACGAGGAGUGGAUGCUGUCCAAGCUGGAUUACAGGAGGACCAAGAUUCUGCUGCUGGCGUUUGCUAGGGAUGGAGCUCAGGUACUGGAAUUCAUCCACAAAACCCUCAUGCAAGGCAACGUCCCCGCCAACAUCAAGUUCUGCUUCCCUCCCAUGCACGGCGUCGGCGCCAUGCACUCCAAGCUACAGCUGCUCAAGUAUCCGAGCCAUCUCCGCGUCGUCAUCCCAACGGGCAACCUUAUGCCCUACGACUGGGGAGAGACUGGGGUCAUGGAGAAUAUGGUAUUUCUAAUCGAUCUCCCAAGGCUGGACCAUCCCGUCUCUACCCAUGCCAGCGCCGCCCGUAGCCAUGCGCCGACCAGGUUCUACACGGAACUAGUCUAUUUCUUGCAGGCAACGGGCGUAGGCGAGAAAAUGGUGGCCAGUCUCGCAAACUACGAUUUCUCCAGGACGGCGGAUCUCGCCUUUGUUCACACAAUACCCGGAAGCCACUCGGCAAAGAACGCAGAGCGCAUAGCUAGCGUAGCUGACCUCGGCCUAGCUUCUGUUGACCCUGUCGAUGUCGACCUCGUGUGCGCGUCGCUGGGAGCGUUGAACCAGCAGAUGGUACGGGCCAUCUACAACGCCUGUCGAGGUGAUGACGGCACCGACGAAUACCACAAACCGGCCAGCACUAGCUCCAGGUCGUCUGCCAAAAAGCCGACUACGACGACGACGACGGCGACGGUGACAUCUCAGGAGCAGCUCCUGCGAGAACGAUUCCGCAUCUACUUCCCUACCGACCGUACAGUGUCGCAAAGCAGAGGCGGGCGCAAUGCGGGAGGCACGAUAUGCGUGCAGACCAAGUGGUGGCGGGCACCCAACUUCCCCAGAGAGCUCGUGCGAGAUGUGAUAUCCCGUGACCGAGUGCUCAUGCACAGCAAGAUGAUAUUCGUGCGUCGCCGGCCCGGAGAUAGUGGCCAGGCGCAAGCGGUACGGCAGUCUCCAGGCUGGGCUUAUGUAGGCAGUGCCAAUCUUUCAGAGAGCGCCUGGGGCCGCAUGUCCAAAGACAAGUCCACCGGAGGCUUCAAACUCGUCUGUCGCAACUGGGAGUGCGGAGUGAUCAUCCCGGUACCUGAGUCACAGCCAGUUGACAAGACAACUCUGCCCACUAGCGCCGACGACGACAUGUCCAUGUUUGCGGGGACGGUUCCUGUGCCUAUGCAAGUUCCCGGGCCUGUGUACAGGUCAAGUGACCAGCCCUGGCUUUAUAUGGGAGCUUGAGGGUUGUAUUUUGAGCGAUUUGAAAGAAGGGGGGGCCCAUGUACACUUUACAUGCAGCAUUUGCUGUCAACGCACCGAAAAGAGGGAAAAAAGAUUGAAGAUUACCAGGGGGGGCUAUUACACGAGAUGUUAGUUUUUGUUAACUUGAUACUUAGAUGGGCAAAAAAGCGAGAGAGAGAGAGAGAGAUCCCUGGACCGAAAGAAAAACCACAUGUCGUCAAGGACAAGGAACCGCACAACAUGGUUGCUUGCAGAUAGCGUGCGGCCUGCAUGAGUGGGGUUUUUUAGAGUAAAAGCAAAAAGAGCAAACAAAACC